AUGCCUCUUCGACGAAAGAGUGCGAGAUUUCAACAGUUUACGGAGUUUGAACGGGGGAGAAUCAUCGAUCUUGGUGAAGCUGGAUUGUCUUAUCGUGUAGUAGCCGCUCGUGUGCAGCGUAACAGCAGCAAAGUAAUGCGUGUUUGGAAGCAGUGGACGGACGAGUGUCGGACAACUCGAAAAUCCGGGAGUGGACCCCGAAAUGUGACGUCAGCUCACGAUGACAGACACCUGAUCCGCAUGGCGCUGACGGACCGUACGGCUCCCUCUAGACAACUGACAGCACAGUGGUCAAUAGCUCCAGGUGUUUCAUUGUGUGCUUCAUUAAUUCGUAGACGUCUGCUGCAGCGUAGACUGCGUGCAAGGACUCCUUUAUACAGGAUCCCCCUCACGCUAAACCAUCGCUGCCUGCGGCUACAAUGGGCCAAUCAGCAUAGUGACUGGCGGGCUUAUUGGCAGCAUGUCGUGUUUUCUGACAAAUCCCGCUUUAAUUUGUGGUACCAUAAUGGCCGCUUUCGUGUCAGACGUUAUGCCGGUGAACGCCGCCUUCCGGAGUGCAUUAUCGAAAGCCAGUGA